UAUUAAUAUUAUUGUAAGAGAAAUGUGCAUAAUUAUUUUAGUUGUUACAAAUAUAUAAGAAUCGGAGUUAUGGAUCUCUUAGUAACUUUAAGAUCAUGGUUUGCGCACUAAGUUUGUUUUUGGUUGCGAUGUGCUUAGCAUCAUCUCACGGAUUUGGUUUCUUGGGCGCUUGUAAAGAUUGCAACGAUGAUGAGGAUGAUGGUCUCUUCGAUUUUCUAGGAGAUUUCUUUUGUGAUAUAUUUUGUGAUGCUGAUGAUGAUGAUGAUGAUGCAGAAACUACUACCAUGCCAGCUAAUACUUCAACUACUACUAGCAGUUCACAGUCUGAAAGUUCUUCGUCAACAGAAACUACCUCUCCAGCUGCUUCUACAACCACUGGGUCAGAUUCCCCAUCAACUUCAACAACUGUCUCACCUUAAUUGAAUGUGCAGAAACGUGUGGGAAGUGGUGAUACAGAGUGUUUUUUAAAUUACAUAAUAAUAAUAAUAUUUAUUUAAUCCUGUUACGACAUAAAAAUGUAUAGGACAAAGUCAAAUGUGAGGACAAAUGUACAAUAAAACAGUGAAACAAGCACAGAAAUACAAUUAACGAUUUGCUAUGUACCGAGGAGCACCAGGAUCAUUUAAGAGUUUUUCAACGUUAUAGAACAUCUUGUCUAGAGACUUAGUUUACGUUUGAACGUAUGGAAGUUGUUGGCCGUUGUAAUGGUAAUUGGCAGACUAUUGAAAAUUUUAACUCCUGUAAUACUUAUAGGGACUGCACUGAUCAUUAGUUCUUCCUCGUGGGCCAUCGCAAUAAUAGAAUCCUAUUUUGAAAAGUAAGUACCUACGUUUGGGACUUUUGGCACUGAGCAUGUUGUCCUUUGGGAGUGGAAUGCUCAAAAUCAUAGUGUUUAAAGUUACCGUUAAUUGGCAGCGUUUAUUUUCCAUUGUUAGUCCGUUUGUCCGUUGGUUUACUCCAUUGUUAGUGUUUAGGGUGUGCAAUACAAAAAUCGAAAUUAUUUGUCUUCUCGCUACCAUGAUAUAAAUAAGUGUUGUUGCAA